AUGUGGUGGCUGGAAUACCAGGGAGCAGCUGUCCAUGCCAUCAGGACCUUGGACUUUAUGACGGAGGAAACCGAAGAUUUCCAGGAGGAGAGUUCCACGGUCCUGACGCUGAAGUGCAGGAGCAGCGCCCGCCCCGGGGCCGCCUGCCCUCGGCCGCUGUUCGCAGCGCGGCGUCGCCUCCCGUGUCCUCACCUGCCUCGCGCUCCCCUGGGAGCGGAGCCUCGGGGGCCCGCGGCCCCGGUCCGGGCGCCGUCCUUCCCUCCGGGGGCCGCCCGCCGCGUGGAGCGCCUGUUCCCGCGUCUCCGCCCCGCGGCCGCCCGGCCCCGCGGAACGCUGCGCCAAGGGGGCGCGUUUCCGGAGGAGCGGAGACGGCCUCGGACCCCGGCUCUGCGUCGCUUCCGGCGGCGGCCGCGGCGCAUGGCGGCCCCGGGACAUCCUGCUCGGGAGACGCCGGCGGCCGCAGAUCCAGGUCCCGCCCGCGCGCCGCGCAGCCCCCGGCUCCUCCGGCCGCUCCCCGGCGCCCCGAGUCCUCCCGCUGUGGGGUCCCAUCCCGCCUGUCUCUGCUCAGGGCACCCCGCGUGCAGUGACGCCGCCUCCAGGGCGCAUCCCGUAGGCGGUGAAAGCGACGCAGUCUUGAAGAAGCAAAAGAAGAAGAAGAGAAGCCGGAACGGUGCCUCUGCGUCUAACGGAGGCGGAAAGGCCGCAGAAAAGCCGGCCCCGGAGGAAGCCCCUCGAAGCGCGGAGGCCCAGGCGGAGCAGCUGGCUCGGGAACUGGCCUGGUGCGUGGAGCAGCUGGAACUGGGCCUCAAGAUGCAGAGACCCAGCCCAAAACAGAGGGAGCAAGCUCUGGGGGCAAUCCGAACCCUGCGCAGCGAAAGAACCCCCCUGCCCCGGAAGAGGCAGCUGAUGCGUUCCAUGUUUGGGGACUACAGGGCUCAGAUGGAAGCCGAGUGGCGGGAGGCCCUGCGGGCUCUCAGGACUGCAGCACACUCAGCGCAAGUGCAGCCUGUAGGUGAGGCUACCAGAAAGAAGAGCCGGAGGGUUUGCAGGCCUCGCCCAGCAAGGGGAGCCAAGGCAACCCUGGACACUCCUGACGAAGAAUUUAAGUUCAAUUUCUUUUAGCAUCUCCGUCCAUCCUGAAACAGUCCCCGUCCCCAGGCAGUGUGGGGAUUUGUCCCCCGUGCGGAGUCUUUCUGGGAAUGCUCUGUUGGGCGGAUGUGGGCUUGGUCUGCCCCUGGCUGGUAGGCGAAUGUGGUUUCAUGGCUGUUGGGCAGGUGUGAGGGCGGUGUGUUGAGUACUGUCAUACAAGUUCAAGAUCCCAUUUGGAGGAUUUCAGAUGAACAGUUCCUCCUGCCUGAGACGAAGGUCCAUUUAAGAGAGGUUUCCACAGUAAACUGAAAUGAGUGGCAGUGUUCAGGGUUAGAGUAAGUGGCUGAGGGUGACAGGGAAUCUGCAUAAUUGCACUUUGGUGCUGACUUAUGAAAGGGUGUCCUGUCACAUGGGGUAGUGCUUUAUGCCAUUAUGUCACAUGGCCCUAAUAAAAGCAUUUUGUUAUAAA